CGCACUUUUAUUCCCGUUUCGGAGAAGUGUGCGCGGUCGGUGCGGGUGCUCGCUGUGCCGCUGCCGUUCAGCUGCCGCCGCCGUCAGCUCGUCGUCGGCGCUCCGAGUACGCGCGCGUUGUUGGAUCAUGCGAGUGCAGCGGAACCGAACGGAUGUCUUGUGUUUGUUCAGUGCGGUGUCGAGAAGCGUCGAGUGCCGUCUGUGAAUGUGCCGUGGAAGUGCCUAAUAGCCGGCUGUGAACUUUCUUUUCUUGUGUGUGUGCCCUGCCCCCCAACUACCGCGUCCGAGUGGAUUUGAGAGAGAGGGAGUGGACGAGGAGCCGCGGCGACAAACAACAUGGGCAUCGGCGCGAGCACCCCGCGCAAGGAUCCGCCCAGGUCGAACAUGGUUCGACUUCACACUGUGGAUAAUGCCAAGCUCCCCAUGCCGGAACAGCCGGAGCUGGAGCGACGCUUCACCAAAGUUCUGAAUUCGAUGGAUCUGCCACCAGACAAAGCUAAACUGCUCAAGCAGUAUGAUGACGAGAAAAAAUGGGACAUGAUUUGCGAUCAAGAAAAAGUGAUCGCAAAAGAACCCCCCUCCUUUUACUUACGUAAAUUAAAGACCUACCUUGAUCCCCGAGCUUCCAGGAGCGCCAAGGUAAAUAAUCAAAUGGUGUACGAUGCCGUUUCGACAUUAUUGUUACCCAUACAGAGAAGACGAAUGUUGGGAGACUCUAAAUCCACUCAGGUUCUACGGGACCUAGAGAUCUCGUUGAGGACAAACAACAUUGAGUGGGUGAGAGAAUUUCUUGACGAACAGAACAAAGGGCUCGAAGUGCUCAUUGACUACCUGACGUUCCAGCUUGGAUUUCUGAGGUACGACCGUGAGGCCGCGAUGUCUGCCACGGCCUCCGAGAACGGGUACCCGGCGAGUCCGGUCAACUGCCGCAAGUCUAUUCUGGAGGUUGACACGCCGCGUCUGAAACGUGCUUCGCGCCAUGCGGCCAAGCUUCACAUGGGCGAGGCGGAGGACGACAUUCAUGUCUGCAUCAUGUGCUUGCGGGCCAUCAUGAACAACAAGUUUGGCUUCAACAUGGUGAUUGAACACACUCAAGCAAUAAACUCUAUAGCCCUGAGUUUAAACCACAAGAGCUUACGAACAAAAGCCCUGGUGCUGGAACUGCUGGCUGCCAUCUGCCUCGUGAAAGGUGGACACCAGAUCAUCCUUAAUGCUUUUGACAACUUCAAGACUGUAUGCUGUGAACCACGGAGGUUCAAGACACUCAUGGAUGAUUUCCGGGACUAUGAGACGUUUAAUAUUGACUUCAUGGUUGCCUGUAUGCAGUUCAUCAACAUUGUUGUUCACUCAGUUGAUGACAUGAACUUCCGGGUGCACCUGCAGUAUGAAUUCACCUUCUUGGGUUUAGACGAGUACCUAGAAAGGUUACGCUCUACUGAGAGCGAGGAGCUUAAAGUGCAGAUCUCAGCAUAUCUUGACAAUGUCUUUGACGUGCAUGCCCUCAUGGAGGACUCUGAGACCAAGAGUGCUGCCAUAGACCGGGUCGCCGAGUUAGAAGCCCAGAUUUCACGGGCACAUGAGCUUGAAAAUGAGAUGAUGGCAAAGCUAGUGGAGCUUGAAACACAACUACAAAUUCUUGACAAAGAAAAUCGGGAGUUAAUAGAAUCGCAAAAACAGACAAGUGAAGAACUGAAUACGUUACGCAAGGCAGUCUCCGAAAAGGAGGAGGAGAAACGCCAGCGGGAGAGUUUUCUUGAAGGCAAGAUCCAGGAGCUCGAGAGUCUCACUGGAACGUUACCCAGAGGUUCCUCAGCCAGCUCGCUCCACAGUGGCACCGGUUUGUCCGGAGUGCCUCCUCCGCCCCCACCUCCGCCACCACCCAUGUCUGGUUUGCCGCCACCGCCACCACCACCGCCACCCCCACCCCCACCAGGAAGCAAUGCCAUCCCUGUGCCACCUCCCAUGGUGCCUCCCCUCAAAGGAGGCAUUCUUGCACCUCCACCACCUCCUGGCAGUAUGCAGGCGCCACCUGAUGCGAUGACAAUCAAGCGCAAGUUCCAGACCAAAUACAAGCUUCCUACACUCAACUGGAUUGCCUUGAAGCCAAACCAAGUCAGGGGAACUGUGUUCAGCGAACUGGAUGAGGACAAACUGUACAGUGUUAUUGACUUCGCACGUUUUGAAGAGCAGUUCAAGCUGGGCGUACAGGGUGCUUUCCCCGACCGAAGUGAUGACAUCAAUAACAGCAAGCGUUUUAAGGUUCCUGAGAAGGUGACACUGUUGGAGCACAACCGGUUACGCAACAUGGCCAUCUCCAGGCGGAAGAUUGAGCUGGCCACAGAUGUUGUAGUCAGGGCUGUCAAUAGCCUUGACCUCAAGACCAUCUCGCAGGACUGCGUCGACAUUCUUCUACGCAUGGUGCCCAACGAUGCCGAGACGAAAGCGUAUCGAGAGUACGAACGAGAGAAGAAGCCUGUGGACGCUCUCACAGAUGAAGACAAGUUCCUGCUUCAACUGACAAAGAUAGAGAGGUUAUCACAGAAGUUGAACAUCAUGAGUUACAUUGCAUCCUAUGCGGAAAACAUCCAAAUCAUCACACCGCAAGUGCACGCAAUAACAGCGGCGUCUCGAGCAAUCAAGAACUCAAAGCGACUACGAAAGCUUCUCGAGGUGAUUCUCGCUUUUGGGAACUACAUGAACAGCUCGAAGAGGGGCCCUGCAUAUGGGUUCAAACUACAAAGUCUUGACAUGCUUCCAGACACAAAAACAGCCGACAGGAAGAUCUCGCUCCUGCACUACAUCGUCGAGACAGUCAGCAGCAAGUUUCCUGACCUCAUGGGCUUUGAUCAGGAACUGCGAUUCGUCGAGCGUGCAUGCACGGUGACGCUUGAAAAUAUCCUGACGGACAGCCAUGAGCUGGAGAAGGGCAUGGAACUGUGCAAACGAGAGCUGGCACUGCGGCGGGACUCCAAGGAUGCAGCCGUGCUGCAAGAGUUUCUGGCGCAAUCUGAGGACAAGCUCCGUAGGCUGCAGCAGGACAUCAAAACAGCUCAGGAAGCUUAUGCUGACUGUGUGGAGUACUUUGGGGAAAGUGCACGGAGUGUUGCUACCAACAUCUUUUUCUCCAUGUUCGUUCGUUUCAUCAAGGCAUUCAAGCAGGCCGAUCAAGAGAACGAAACUAGGAAGAAGAUGGAGGUGGCGGCUCAGGAAGCGCUCAAGAAGCCACCCCAGGAGUCCAUCCAGAAGAAGAAUCUACUCAACGCCAAGAAGAGCACCCAGGAUGCUGUGAUAAAUGAGCUGAAGAACAAAACUCGGUUGGUGAAUGAGAAACGCUUGCUGAAGCAGGACGAAGUCUACAAUGGAGCUCUUGAAGACAUUCUUCUUGGUCUCAAGAAUGAACCAUACCGUCGAGCAGACGCCGUGCGCAGGAGUCAGCGGCGGAAACAGGAGAAUGUACGGCUAUCACGUACAAUGGAAGAGAUGGAGCUCUAGCUGCUCGCACCUGGUGAUAAGAGUGCAAGAGAGCUGUGCAUGUCCUGGAGUGCCUUUUCCCCUCAUCCCUACAGACCCACUCACGAUAGUGGCAAGCCUGUUCCUCUUCGACGACACCUCUGUGUACAGCAUGCAUGUGCAAUUUGCGGAGCAAAUUCGCUUUAGUGACGCAUUACCUUGUAAAUAUAAGCCAGUGGAUCGACAGCACUCCAGCACAAGUUGGAGACACAUAGACACAAAAAGUGGUACUACUACAAGCAUUGAGUCAAGUGGAUGCUGCAGGAGCUUCGCAGCUGCGUCUCAUUUGCAACUUCCGUCUCAACCCAAGCCGGUGCGGCUGCAAAGUGUGUCUGGUCUUCCCUCACGGUCACACGACAACAGUAUGUGCAGUCAGAAGUGUGAAGGUGCUGCUUUUGUGCUUGCUUCAUCGCUGGUGUGCUUGUCGGUGGUGCUUCAAGUCCGCAGAGGUUUAUCAUGGCCUGAGUGCUGUUGUUUUCUCGGUACUUUCGACAGAUGUUGAAAAAGACUGCACGUGCUUACCGUGGCUGUGCUUCGUCUUGCUUUUUUUUUUCUUUUGUAAAUUUGUUUUAUGUGUGUCUGCCAUUGCUGGUCAUUCGUGUCCUGCGAUGUUUUUGGUGCAAAGACAGAGCCACGUGUGUUUUUGUUUGUUUGCGCUUCUGGUCAUUCACGGGGAAUUCCCCAAUAUUGUCCUCCUUCGAGCCCUGUGUGCUGCCCUGACGUAUAUAUUGCAUGCAGCGAGCGACUGCGUUGUUAAGUGCCCCCAUCUCCUCUGUCUUCUUUGUUUACGGAGAUUUAGUCGCAUUUGCUUGUCGCUGAAGGUAAUCCUGUCGAUUAUGGUUGUUUUGCAAUAAUAUAUACAACUAUACAUAUAUAUUAUAUAUACAUAUAUACAUAUACAAACAACAGUGUUGACAAAGCAACAGUUUUAGCUCUUUUGGCUCUGCUGCCUGCCUUUCUUCUAUUUCCUGAGCUUCCAUCCAGAGAUGCUGCAGAAAAUGAAUUUUCAUCACCUCAAUGAAUUUUUUUUACUGUCUCCUUUUACAUAUGAUGACACAACUAGCCUGGAAUGCAAUCUUUCCGAAAAAUAACAGCAGUUUCUAGGCUAGCAGUUCCUAGUGGCACAAGAUAAUUAAAAAUACUAUUAAAAAUGGUGGACAUAAUGCAUACAUAUAAAGCACAAUCAUGAAAUACAGCGUACGUAUGGGGGCUCUAGCUGUAUUUGCUCAUGUAGUGCUUAAGUUUAUAUAGGAGAAGCUACAAAAUUUGCUUCCCUAUGCCUGGUUGCUUAGUUUGUUGAGCAGCUAAUGUGAUCAACGUUCUUCACUUUAAUAAUUUCACGGAUUGCUGAACAUUCGAGCACUAUGUCUCUUUACAGAUAUGCAGCGACGAAAAGACAGCAUGUAACAUAUAAUGUAAUGCCCCUGUGCCUCUCUCACCUACUUUAUCUUAGCUCCUCGCUUCUAAAUGCAGCUUUGGAAGCUAAAGUCAUCCACUAAAGAAUGCCGAUUUAGUGCUGUACUUAAUGAGCAUGCCACUGAAAACAUUUCACUGAGUGUCACCCUAAUGCAGGUUUCUUUCCAUAAAUCAGUCUCUUUGAAAUACUUUUAAAUGAACAUAAGUUGAAAGAAGCCCUAGGACUUUGGCAUGAAUAGUAUGAACCCAUUGAGAGAUAAAACUCGGGUUAUAUUGGAGUGUCUUAAGCAAACGUUCUUAAUGUGCCAGGAUAUUUAACGCAGUGAUUUUACAAGCUAUUUGUGUACAUAUUCUUGAAACACUUUUCCUAGCGUCAAGCACUGUCAGUGGCAUUGAGCAUUUCACCCGUUGAUGUUUACGAAUACAGGUGCACAUUAGUGAGUUUAUGACUGUGACAUUGUCUACAAGCUGCAGAAUGCACUAUGACCACCCUGUUUUUGACGUAAAGUAUUAAGUACUGCCCACAUGCAUCAUUGCCAAGCUGUGUUUAUGUGGACAUGCUUUUUUAAUGUUUUAGCAUUUCCCCGAGUGUAUGUGUGCAUGUGUGUAUAGUUGUUACAUUCUGUGCUUAAACGCAAUGAAAAAUAGAAGCAUCAUUUUGUCAAACUUGUGCAGGUGACAUUCAUGCCAGGAUUAUAGGGUUUGAGUCCUGUUGUAUUUAGCUGCACAUAAUUGUAAUGCAGUUAUUGGUAGCACCUCUGAUUUAAAAAAAAAACUUCACGUCCUUUCCGCUGUCAGUGGGGAUGCAUAUAUUACCAUAAAAGCAUCAGCCAAGGGACCAAACAUUCAUCAUCCCAUGAAGAAAAAAAAAAAGAUGUGUAAACAGGCAACCCAGAGUGUCCCAAGGAGACAUUCAAUGGCAAAAGCGCAUCAAUUUUACAAAGGUGUGGGUACCUCUAGCCUGAACUCCAGCUCACAGACGUUGUAUUCAAGACCCUUUUUGCUGGCUUGACGGGACGUACGCACCGAGUGCCACUCGCAAUCUCUAGCAGGAAUGCGGCAGUGUUCAGGGGCUUCUACUGUGCUGUAGCAGAAAUGAGUGAACCAACUGUUUCCUCUGCUGGCAGAAAUGGCUGCCAUGUUGUCCAGACCUUAAAAUAAAAGAUUCUUGUAGGGUGUUUUCUUUUGUACAUUGCUGAGAUGUCUAUUAAAAAGAAUGUUUUUAUGACUGCA